UGUGUUGGUUUAGCUGGAUAUAGAUGUGUCAAAAAAUAUGUCGAUCACAUCAGCUUUGCACGGGAUCGUACAGGACAACUCGCCUGUCGUCAGUAUAUAGGGAGGUAUAUAUAGUCGUGUAUUUAACUUUGUUAAAGGAUCUACAAAAUGGCAUUUCAACAUUACAAGCUUCAUGCACAGCCGCGAUACUUGAUGUAUUGCAUGGCCGUUCUCAUCUUCGCAGUGAUCUUUGGUAUUGGUGUGUUCUACAUCUAUGAGGAUCAACAAACGUCUUUGUGGUCUGCCCUGCCAAGGGCGGAUGUCUUCAACUUCACAGGAAUUAAUCCUAAGCAUCCACAAAUGUUUUACCCUCGUAAUGUAUCAACACGAAAUCCUGAAGCAGAUGUGCAAACGACUUUCAAACUUGUUUUUCCCGCCUCAAAGACCAUUCCAUACUUCCAUAGACCAGUUUCGUCCACACCGAACGGUAGAUUCAGAAAACGCUUCACGUAUGACAAUUAUUCCCUCGAUGAUAUCGACACGAGCGGUAACGAAUCAAAACUAAUUUUGUUUUACAAUCGUCCAUUUUGGUUCGGUGUGAAUCAGUGUAUACAGGGUAUCCAAGACUGUCCACAGAAAGCCUGCACAUGUUCGAAUGAUCCUGAAGACAUUGCUAAAGCAGAUGCUGUCAUCAUCGACGCUGUUGACCUCAAGGAUGCUACACCACCAACAAGUAUACGGCGAGCUGAUCAAAUGUGGAUUAUGUUUGGCCUAGAGUCUCCUGUUCACUAUCACAAUGAGAACUACCUACGACCCCAAUGGCGUCAGGCAUUUAACUGGACCAUGACGUACCGUCUGGACUCUGACAUCGUGCUGCCGUGUAACAUACUACAGCGGAGGAAGAAGGCAUCACAAACUAAUUUCACAAAGGUUGCGUUGAAUAAAACUAAAUCGGUUCUUUGGUUUGUGAGCAACUGUAAAACCCCUUCAAAACGUGAAUCUUACGUACGGGAACUUGCCAAGUACAUCACGGUUGACAUUUAUGGACAAUGUGGGCCCUUCAACUGUUCUAGAAAUUGUGGCGAUUUAUAUGACAAUCAAUAUAAGUUUUAUUUGUCUUUUGAAAAUUCUCUUUGUAUCGACUAUAUUACAGAAAAACUUUUCAAAACAUAUAACUACAAUAUCGUUCCUGUUGUUCGAGGGGGGGCUGACUAUGGUUCUCUUGUACCGAACGGAACAUACAUCAAUGCUGCAGACUUUUCAAGUCCAGGAAAACUUGCAAACUAUCUGAAAUAUCUGGAACAGAAUAUCACGGCUUAUACCGAGAUAUUGAGGGAAAAGGCCAGAUAUUCACCGAACGGAGAAAAUGUUCACUCUUCAUUUUGCGAUAUGUGUACAAAACUUCAUAAUUUGGAUAAAUAUUCAAAUUAUUACCAUGAUCAUGUGAAAUGGCUAAAGAAAGAUAUUUGUGGGACGGGUGGCCCAGUCCUCUAAGCGGGGCGAUUCGCUGUGCAGAGUUGCGUCCCUUGGGCAUGCCAGAAACCUA